UCUCGUCCGACUUGGCAAUUAUGCCUGCAGCCAGAAGAUACAGCCAAGGGUCAUGGUAGUACAGUGUUCUUUGAGUUAUGAACAAGCCUUGAUGUGAGCAUCAAGCUACGAGCACCAAGAAGGAGUCUUGGAAGGGGGAUACCCAUGUCGCGGCUGAGCCUAUUUGAAAUAAACUUGGAUCGGCCAAGCCUACGGGGUAGGUUCAUGGGCGGCUGAUGUUGGUUCCGGAUACAUCACUCGAGAGCAUGGUGCAUGAGUGAACAAGUAUAAUAGCUGUCCAUCAGCUACCUUCAACUUUUCCCGACCAGCACCACUUCCAAUACUUUUCAGUGCCCUCUACCUACCUUCCCAUUCCUUUCACGAGCGCCCCAGCGGCCGCCACAGUCAUUUUUUAUUUUACAAACAAACAUUCUUUUUAAUACCACUUAUCAAUUCUUCAGUCUAAACUUAAAAUCAUCAUCAUGCUCUUCAAUACACUAGCUGUCUUCGGCUUAAUCGCCACUGCUGCUGCAGCACCUCAACUCCACUCAAGAUUCCAGAAGGAUGUCGAAGCACGAGAAGCCAUCACACAUGCUGCGCGUGGUGUCAACUGGUCUCCCCGCGCCAUCGUACCCCGAAAGAACAACUUUGGCAACAGCAAAGACUUGUUCCAAGGCAGCUACCAAGCCAACGUCCAGAUCACUGAGGAGCAAAUUACAAUUCUCCAGGUCGACAACUCGGCAGCGCUCGAACAACAGGUCUUGCAAACAGAGAUUGCACUCUCCCAGGCAAUCCAGCUCCAGAUCUUGGCUCAACAAGAACUUCAGUUCGCCAUUGACAACAUCCGAACGAACACAUUCAACAGCCUCAACAGCAACGUCGGAGAUGAAGCUAAUGAGGCUCAGAACACUGUGCUGGUGAUCGUCACUCAAGUUGUCGACAACCGCAACUCCGGAAGCAGCAACAACCGCUACCUUGUCCGUCAAUUGCAAUCCAACCCCACAAUCCAGGAGCAAGUCUUCGUUCAGAUCAACGAGCAAGCAUCCAUGACCAUCGCGAACGAUGUGCCAAGCUCAGUCUUUGCUGCAGCUCAAGCAUCAGGUACUGGUUUCGCUGCCCCCAACCUUGGUUCAUACACUCCUGGUGGAAACAUCUCCCUCCAAGCUCAGGGAUUGAACCUCCUCCCACAAGGAGUUUCCGUUCCAUCUUUUGGCAACGCACAGAACUUCAACGACCCUGCUCUGAUCAUCCAGCCCAACGUUCAAGCUUUCGUUCAAAUUGGUAGCUCAAACGAGUUCUCAGUCGCCGCUAUCGAGGCUCAGAUCCUGGGCCAAGUUAUCAAUUGAGAGUUUUGAGUCACGGUUUGAGAUUGCUUGGUUUGGGUUGUAUUGAUUGCAUACGGAGUUCAGGCAGACGAGUACAUGUAGAUAAUGAUGGUGCUUUUACUACGGGGCAGACUGGGGCUGGUACUGGGAAGGGUUGGGUACAGGUAGAGGGCUGGGAAUUUGGACUUGCAGACGGUAGAUCCGUGGCAUGGGUUACGAGGGGGAUGAUGGAUGAGUCUGCUUUGCACGCAUGCAUUUAUACGAACUCUUUGGGGGGCGGUGACGAGCACUGAAAUGUUGGAGGGUGUUUUUGGAUAGCCAGCUCGAGUGAUUGAGCGAUCAAUGAACGAGCUCUCGGUUUGACGUCCUCAGGCGCAGUUAUCUCGUGAUUUGUGAAACCUGGGGUAAAGAGCAAGGUAUGGGCGCCGUCUGAUCUGC